AACUCAAAAACACUUGCUGCUAGCUUGGGACAAAUUUAGGAACCACGGAGAGCCAAACAAUAUGGCCGACGAAGUGCGGUGAUAUGACAGAAGUGCGUGUUAAAAAAGUAAUAUUUUCAGUAUAUCUUCAGAAUGGAAAAUAACGACACUGUUUGUCGGUCAGGUCCUUCACCCAGCCAAAUGCGUGAAAGCUCAAGCUAUGAUUCUCCCCAAGAAGAUCUCUAUCAAAUGCCAGACCCAAUAUCGUCAACUUCGCAAUCUGCUCUCGCCGGUGUCAGUGACUGUGACGGAGAUGGGGAUGGCGACUUGCAAGUGGACUCAAUGCUUUCCCACGAUGUUUCUACAGAUUUAGAAGAAGACGAUGUCCAGGCCAUGAAUACCUCACUAAGCUUUGAAGGCGUACCUGAAGAAGUGCUGGAGCAUAUUCUGUCAUACCUGUCACCAUAUAAAGACAUGGAUUCUGCCAAACUUGUUUCAAAACGGUGGCUCCGCGUAAUUAAAUCUGUAGUGAAGCACAGGAGGAGACAUUUUUACCAAAACCUGAGUAACUGCGACGUUGAGUGGACUGAAGUGGUCAAAGAUGUUCAGAGUGGUUUCUCAGAACGAAAUCACUGCAGCCACAUCACCGACAGGUUCUCUCACAGCGCAGCCUACUGGAACGGAGCCAUGUACGUGUUUGGGGGCUGCACCUCCACCAACACAACGUUUAACGAUCUCUGGAUCUUUGACUUGACCUCCCGCCAGUGGAUCAGGCCCGUCGCCAUGGGGUCGUAUCCUUCCCCGAAGGCGUGUGCCACCAUGGUGGUCUACAACGGUAACCUGGUACUUUAUGGAGGCUGGAGUCAUCCCAUCCCAUACCCUCUGCAUCAGUCGGCUCACUAUUUCUCGGAGCUGCACGUGUACAGCCCUGUGUCGAACCGUUGGUCUCACGUCCUGUCUCUCGGGGUGGAACCAGAGGCGCUGGGAGGUCACUCCGCUUCCGUCGCUGGUCACCUCAUGAUCAUCUUUGGAGGCUCUCCCAGGCCCGGACAAGGAACCAACAAUCUGUGGGUGUUCAAUUUCCUGAAGGGAUCGUGGAAACUGCAGCCUGUGACCCGGGACGCCAAACCCGAACCUCGCUACGGCCAGUUUCAAACCACCCUGGACGUCAAUCACGUUCUCAUCAUGGGCGGCUGCGUGGGACCCAACAGGCCGUACAAUGACGUGUGGCUACUCACCCUGCACCAGGAUGACCCCUGGCAGUGGACAAAAAUAGCUGUUCUCAAACCCGAGCUGGCCGCCCCUCAGACCUGGUGCCACGGAGCCUGCAGGGUUCGGGACACAAUCGUGGUCGUGGCAAAAUCAUCUAAACCAAGACAGGCCAAAAACCGCAAGGCUUGGCACCCCCGCCCCAGCCCGCAGGAACAGGAAGAAGGGAAGUGGGCGGGUGCGGCCACAGCAUCAGCGUGCGUGCAGACGUCCCCGCAGCAGCCCCCGGCCGGAGCAGCCGAGGGUUCGGGUCCCCACAGCCAGGAGGCGUCUCGGCCGUCCACUAGCGGCUUGUCCUCACUGCAAGCAGGAGCCAUGGAGCCAGAGGAAGGCGUUGCAUCGGAGAUGUGCCCCCCACAGCAGCAGCACAAGGGCAACCUGCUGGCCCUACAGCAGAGGCUGCACCGCGAGUGCGCCAGCCUCCAGGACCCCGACAACCACCACCACAACCCCCACCGACUGGCGCAACCCGAGCCCGAAGGUCACUUCCUGCGGCUGGAGAACCGCUGGGUUCACGGAGGUGCCGCCCCGCCGCCGCCACAGCAUCAACGGCUGCUCGGGGAGCACCAGCCCGCUCUUCAGCAACAGCAACAACAGCAACAGCAACCACGACAGCAGCAGCAGCCGCAGCAACAACAACCACGACAGCAGCCUCCUCAGAGACCCGCCCAACCCGUGUUACCUCCGAACCGUCUGGCUCUCCAGCAGUCGCCGGGUCACAACCCGCUGGCCAACAUCCAGGCGCGGGGCAGGGGCAACGGCAUGCCGUCGAUCCGGCCCAACGCCAUGUGCAACCGGCAGAAACAGCUGGAGGCGUUGCAGCGGCAGGAAGAGAUUCUCCGAUCAAAAUCGCGGGCCCUGGCGGCCGCUAAGAAACAGGCGGCCAAUGGCGGCGGCGUGUCACGAGAGGAUUCAGUCCCCGAGAUAAUCCAAACCAAGAACAAAAUGGACGUGCACAUUCUGGACAUAGGUGAAGUGAUCAGCAAAGGUGUCGCGGAGUGGCGGCCCCUGAGCAAGCUUCAGGCCACGUGUGCCCCGACAGAGACGAUCUGCUGCAGCCUGUUGGAGGGCCGAGGGGAGUUAAUCCUGUUUGGUGGCGUGGUAAGGGAGGCCACCAGUCCCGUUGUCAUCAACACGGCCAUCAGCAAGCUCUACCUGCUGCACGCAUAGCCCAGUGAUGUGUUGUUUAUGUGUUGCCAUGUGAUGUGUUGUUUAUUUGUUAUUUGUGUGUUGCCAAGUGAUGUGUUGUUUA